CUUUUAGGGACCGUUUUUUAGCGUAGCAAGUGUCCGCCAUGUUGCGGGUGUGUGAGAAACUCCGUGAGGCGGACGAGAAGGGCAGGAGGUACGGACUAGCCCAGGCGGAGACAGGCUACCUCCGUGCCCUGGUGGACGCCAUGGCCGACACGGACAGGCUGGCGGAAGUGGAGCUGCUCAAAACUCUGGGUGACGUGAACGUGGAGAAGGGAAGACUCGGGAAGGACGUGGGGAAGUUCAACACAGCCUUGGCGCUUUAUCUGGCUGCUAUGGUGCGGUGUUACCAUGAGGAACAGGCAGAUGGUAUAGAACACCGCUACCACUACACGGAGAGGCUUUUACGAGGGGUGUCGUCACAGAGUAAGGAACAGCCAACUGAAGACAAGGAGACGGCGACACCUGCAAAGGUAGCGGCAAAGUUUCAAGCCCUGGACAAGAGACGGGCUACCGGAGGUAACACAGACUCUUUGCUGGUUGGAUACGCACAGGUGAUGGUAGAGGCGAUAGUAAACGACAACAGCAUGUUAGAAACAGAAGCGAUCAAGAGUCUGGGUGACGUGUACCUGAAAAGAGGAACAGAAACUGGAGACACUAGAAACUUGACCAGAGCUACUGCUCUGUACAACAGGGCACUGGCGCGGUGUCACAACGUUCAUGGAACAGUUGUCAUUGUUCACCGCUUACUGCACACCGCAAAAAUCAGGCAAGACAUCGCCACGACGAGAAACAAGAAGUCACGUACGCAACGGCAACAAGACGUGAGAGGACGGAAGGGCCACUUCCCUACCUUCUCAGCUGCGCCCUCUAGCGACGGAACCACCAGUCAAGUACGUUUGUUUCACAUCAACAUUUCGUUGUUCAGAUCCUACCGCAGGUACAUCCAGACGGCAGACCGUGACGUGAGAAAUGGAGACCUGGACGCAGCAGAGCAGAACCUAGCGGCUGCCCUAAAGCUCGUUCACGAUCGCAGUAAACCCAAAAAGGCUAAAGAAGCCGACUGUCUGUGCAGGUUUGGUGACGUCUACGUCGAGCGAGGUAAGCGGACAGGAGAAGGUAGGAAAUUCACACAGGCGGCAGCUCUGUAUAACGCCUCCAUGGCCAGAACAGAUGGAGACAAACAAAUCAUGGUAACAAAACUGCAAGAAACAGAAAGGCAGUUUCUUAGAAACACCUGUAACCUUGACUGUGAACCGUGUCCGUAUAGCAGCGCGUUAGAUCACAGAAAGGAACUGGACAACUCGCGCGCCUGUGCAAAAUCUCAGCUCGAAGCAGUUCAUCAGGAACACAACCCUUAUCAGUAUGAUGAAGACGAUCCCGUCGUGAGAGAGGUGGAGAUCAAACGAGCUGACGCAAUCAAGAACUUGUUCAAGAGCAUCGCAGUUGGAAGACAAGAGUUUAUCCAAGUACUGACAGAUGAAUGCAUCGCCAAACUCGGACCUCCUCCCUGUAAGUACGCUUUUAUCGGGAUGGGGUCACAGGCCACAGAACUGGUUACGCCGUACUCCGACCUGGAGUUCGCCAUUCUGAUUGAGGAGAGGAAGGAUAAUGAUGAUGCACGGAGGUACUUCCUAAACCUCACACACUACUUACAUCUAAAAGUCAUCAAUCUUGGGGAAACCAUCCUCCCAGCCAUGGCCAUCCCGUCACUCAACGACUUUCUCUCAGAAGACCCAGAGAAAGACUGGUUCUACGACUCCGUCACACAUCGCGGCUUCGCCUUCGACGGCUUCAUGCCAUGGGCUUCUAAGACUCCGUUUGGAAGAGACGAAACCAAAAGCAAACCUCCGGUUGGUCUCAUCCAGACUCCUGCCAAGUUGGCCGGAUAUCAGCAUCUGCACAUCGCCCUGGCGGAAGGCUAUCACCUGUCAGACAUCCUCAGACGGGUAAGCUACUUGACAGGGGACGAGUCCUUGGUGGAUGAUUAUACGAACAGAGUCAACCAAUGUGUAGACCGUUCCCCUGCUCUGUCACGGCUGUCAGCAAUGCAAAUACUGAAGGAGAAGGAUAACAUUCGCGAAAUAGAAAAUGCUGUACCAACGGCCCAACUUCUCAAUGUCAAGAAAGAAAUCUACCGUUUUCCAAGCGUGGCCGUUGAUGUGUUGAGUAUUUGCUGUGGUAUCACGAUCCCCAGUGUGUGGGGAAUGAUAGAAGAGUUACACAAGACACAGCGGAUCAGUCACGAAGAUGCCCAUCACUUGACUGUACUGAUCAGCAUCUCAGCGGAGCUACGGUUAAGAACGUACAUUGCCAACGGAGGACAGAAGGACACACUGUCUCCUCUCACGGAGAUAAAAGUCCAACUUGACAAUCAUGACGUAGAUGACACUAUUGUUGAGUCAGUUUUCUACAUACCAGACUCUAAAAUGUUGUUCAGAUACUACUAUACAGCCACCCCACUAAAACGAUGCAUUACGUAUACAGUCGCAAAUCCGACGACAAAAAUGUUCCCAACAGCCAUCUUUGACACCUCAUCUCUAACAAAGGGCAAAAUAACACUACAGCUGUUGCAGUUAGACACAUCCAGACGUCACCUGGAGGCAGCUCUAAAAGAUUCGGCUGGUGACGAGGAAAAACAGUUCGAAAUACUUUAUGAAUUAGGCAGGGCCUCUUACAUGCGCGGUGACUAUGAGAUAGCAAAGAGCUACUACGAUCGGGCACGUAGCAUUGGGAAUACUAUUGAUGGACCCACAUUUGCCUCGUUACUUGGAAACAUUGGGGUAUGUUGGAAUGAACUUGGCGAUCAGAGAAAAGCUAUCAGUUAUCACGAGCACUCACUGAAGAUGACGAAAGCUAUCUAUGGCGAAACAACGCCACAUCCCGACAUUGCUUCAUCACUAAACAACAUUGGGGCAUGUUGGAGAGACCUUGGCGACCAGAAGAAAGCUAUCAGUUUUUACGAACAGUCAUUGAAGAUGAAGAAAGCUAUCUAUGAGAAAGCUAUCAGUUAUUACGAACAGUCACUGAAGAUGAGGAAAGCUAUCUAUGGUGAAACAACGCCACUUCCUGACAUUGCUUCAUCACUGAACAACAUUGGUAACUGUUGGGGUGACCUUGGCGAUCAGAGGAAAAGGAAAGCUAUCAGUUUUAACGAACAGACACUGAAGAUGAGGAAAACUAUCUAUGGUGAAACAACGCCACAUCCCGACAUUGCUUCAUCACUAAACAACAUUGGGUUAUGUUGGAGUCACCUUGGCGAUCAGAGGAAAGCUAUCAGUUAUUACGAACAGUCACUAACGAUGAUGAAAGCUAUCUAUGGCGAAACAACGCCACAUCCCGACAUUGCUUCAUCACUAAACAACAUUGGUAACUGUUGGAGUGCCCUUGGUGAUCAGAGGAAAGCUAUCAGUUAUCACGAACAGUCACUGAAGAUGAGGAAAGCUAUCUAUCAAGUGUCCGCCAUGUUGCGGGUGUGUGAGAAACUCCGUGAGGCGGACGAGAAGGGCAGGAGGUACGGACUAGCCCGGGCAGAGACAGGCUACCUCCGUGCCCUGGUGGACGCCAUGGCCGACACGGACAGGCUGGCGGAAGUGGAGCUGCUCAAAACUCUGGGCGACGUGAACGUGGAGAAGGGAAGACUCGGGAAGGACGUGGGGAGGUUCAACACAGCCAUGGCGCUUUACAUUGCUGCUAUGGUACGGUGUUACCAUGAAGAACAGGCAGAUGGUAUAGAACACCGCUACCACUACACGGAGAGGCUUGUACAAGGGCUGUCGUCACAGGGUAAGGAACAGCCAACUGAAGACAAGGAGACGACUACACCUGCAAAGGUAGCGGGAAAGUUUCAAGAUCUGGACAAGAGACGGGCUACCGGAGGUAACACGGACUCUUUGCUGGUUGGAUACGCACAGGUGAUGGUAGAGGCGAUUGUAAAAGACAACAGCAUGUUAGAAACAGAAGCAAUCAAAAGUCUGGGUGACGUGUACCUGAAAAGAGGAACAGAAACUGGAGACACUAGAGACUUGACCAGAGCUACUGCUCUGUACAACAGGGCACUGGUGCGGUGUCACAACGUUCAUGGAACAGUUGUCAUUGUUCACCGCUUACUGCACACCGCAAAAAUCAGGCAAGAUAUCACCACAACAAGAAACAAGAGGUCAACACGUACGGAAGGACAAGACGUGAGAGGACGGAAGGGCCACUCCUCUGCCUUCUCAGCUGCGCCCUCUAGCGACAGAACCACUAGUCAAGUUGACGACGACAUAUCCUACCACAGGUACAUCCAGACGGCAGACCGUGACUUGGGAAAUGGAGACCUGGACGCAGCAGAGCAGAACCUAGCAGCCGCCCUGAAGCUGGUUCACGAUCGGAGUAAACCUAUAAAGGCUAAAGAGGCCGACUGUCUGUGCAGGUUGGGUGACGUCUACGUCGAGCGAGGAAAGCGGACAGGAGAAGGUAGGAAAUUCACACAGGCGGCAGCUCUGUAUAACGCUUCCAUGGCCAGAACAGAUGGAGACAAACAAAACAUGGUAACAAAACUGCAAGAAACAGAAAGGCAGUUUCUUAGAAACACCUGUAACCUUGACUGUGAACCGAGUCCGUAUAGCAGCGCGUUAGAUCAUAUAAAGGAACUGGACAACUCGCGCGCCCGUGCAAAAUCUCAGCUCGACGCAAUUCAUCAGGAACACAACCCUUAUCAGUAUGAUGAAGACGAUCCCGUCGUGAGAGAGGUGGAGACCAAACGAGCUGAAGCAAUCAAGAACUUGUUCAAGGGCAUCACAUUUGGAAGACAAGAGUUUAUCCAAGUACUGACAGAUGAAUGCAUCGCCAAACUCGGACGUCCUCCCUGUAAGUACGCUUUCAUCGGGUUGGGGUCACAGGCCACAGAACUGGUGACGCCGUACUCCGACCUGGAGUUCGCCAUUCUAAUUGAGGAGGGGAAGGAUGAUGAUGAUACACGGAGGUACUUCCUAAAUCUCACACACUACUUACAUCUCAAAGUCAUCAACCUUGGGGAAACCAUCCUCCCAGCCAUGGCCAUCCCGUCACUCAACGACUUUCUCUCAGAAGACCCAGAGAAAAACUGGUUCUACGACUCUGUCACACCUCGCGGCUUCGCCUUCGACGGCUUCAUGCCAUGGGCUUCUAAGACUCCGUUUGGAAGAGACCAAACGAAAAGCAAACCUCCCGUUAGUCUCAUCCAGACUCCUGCCAAGUUGGCCGAAUAUCAGCGUCUGCACAUCGCCCUGGCGGAAGGCUAUCACCUGUCAGACAUCCUCAGACGGGUGACCUACUUAACAGGAGACGAGUCUUUGGUGGAUGAAUAUAUGGACAGAGUCAACAAAAGUGUAGAUCGUUCCCCUGUUCUGUCACGGUUGUCAGCAAUACUAAUGCUAGGGGGACAUAUUCAGCAAAUAGUAAAUGCUGAACCGACGGCGCAACUUCUGGACGUGAAGAAGGAAAUCUACCGUUUUCCCAGCGUGGCCGUUGAUGUGUUGAGUAUUUGCCGCGGUAUCACGAUCCCCAGUGUGUGGGGAAUGAUAGAAGAGUUACACAAGACACAGCGGAUCAGUGACGAAGAUGCCCACCACUUGACUGUACUGAUCAGCAUCUCAGCGGAGCUACGGUUAAGAACGUACAUUGCCAACGGAAGACAGAAGGACAGACUGUCUCCUCUCACGGAGAUGAAAGUCCAACUGGACAAACAUGACGUAGAUGACACUAUUGUUGAGUCAGUUUUUUACAUACCAGAUUCUAAAAUGCUGUUCAGAUACUACUAUACAGCCAUUCCAUUAAAAAGAUGCAUUGUUGAUACAGUCGCAAAGGAAAAUCCAAUGACACAGAUGUUCCCAACAGCCAUCUUUGACACCACAUCUCUAACAAAGGGCAAAAUAACACGAGAGCUGUUGCAAUUAGACGCAUCCAGACGUCACUUGGAGGCAGCACUGGAAGAGGCAGCCGGUGUCGAGAAAAAGCAGUUCGAAAUACUUUUUGAAUUAGGCCAUGUCUCGUGUUGGAAUAAACUUGGCGAUCAGAGGAAAGCUAUCAGUUAUCACGAACAGUCACUGAAGAUGAGGAAAGCUGUCUAUGGCAAAACAACGCCACAUCCUGACAUUGCUGGAUCACUAAACAACAUUGGGGCAUGUUGGAGUCACCUUGGUGAUCAUAAGAAAGCUAUCAGUUAUUACGAACAGUCACUGAAGAUGAAGAAAGCUAUCUAUGGGAAAACAACGGCACAUCCUGACAUUGCUGGACCACUAAACAACAUUGGGGCAUGUUGGAGUCACCUUGGUGAUCGUAAGAAAGCUAUCAGUUAUCACGAACAGUCACUGAAGAUGAGGAAAGCUAUCUAUGGGGAAACAACGCCACAUCCCGACAUUGCUUCAUCACUAAACAACAUUGAGAACUGCAGGCCUGGUUAG